CGGGCUGGUUGAUGCGUCCUGUCAGAAGUGAUCCCCUGCAGUCAGAGGUUAAUCUCCAGCGGGUGAAGCGGCUGGUUUAACUCCGAGGUCAGAAUGCAGUUCCUGGGCCGCAUCAUCGGGACGGUGAGCAGCGUGUUCACCAACCCGUACCGGGUCCGGGAGGUCCAGCUGUCCGAGUACAGGAGUAAGGUGAAGUUACAGCAUGAUGGGAGGACGCUGCUGUACAGGGACACUUCGUCCCAGUCCUGGGACUGCGUCCUCAUCAUGCCCGACAGCACGGUUACGGCACUGAGACUGUUCCAGGUGACCUCGGAGGAAGACGCCGCGAACUGGUUCCCUCAGUACGCCCUGAAGCUCCGCCCCUUCUACGAAACUCUCCGUCCGCCCCUCAAACCCGAGACGCUCCAGCCGAUAGUCGAUUCCCUGCGGAACCACCCGGACUGGAGCUCCGCCCACAUCGCCGUGGACACCGGGCUGCGCGAAUGCCUGAAGCACAACCACGUCCUGAGUCAGAUGAACCUACGGGACGCUCGCGGCCAGACGCCGCUGCACCUGGCGUGCGAGCGCGGCGCGACGAGCUGCGUGCGAGAGCUGCUAGAGGAGUGCCAGGCUCGCACCGACAUCCGGGACAUGAACGGCGACACGCCCAUGCACUGCGCCGCCAAGCAGGACUCGGCUGUGAUCGUGGAGGUGCUGUGUUCUCAGCUGUGCGUCGGGAUAAACGAGCUGAACCAGGCCGGGGAGACACCGCUACACAUCGCGUGCCGUCUGGGAAAGGCGGAGACGGCCAGGGCGCUGAUGGGAGGCGGGGCUCGCUGUGACAUCGUCGGGGGUGUCGGCUACCCGAUUCACGCGGCCAUGAAGCACAGCGCCCGGGGAUGUGCCGAGGCUAUUCUGGCUGUUAAUGUGAAUCAGCUCCAGGCCGAGGACCCUGUGUACGGCGGAACCCCGCUCCACUGGGCCAAGACCGCCGAAAUGUGUCGCCUGCUUCUGGAUCGCGGCUGCAGCUUGAACUACCUCAGCAAAACCGGUGAGAGUCCAUUACACAUCCUGACCAAGAAGGGGCGCUACGAGGCCGCCAUGACGCUGCUCACCCAUGGAGCCAACCCAAACAUCAAGGGCGAGAACGGGAACACAGCUCUGCACCUGGCCAUGAAGCUGGACCACAUGGAACUGAUCAAAGCGCUCAUCGUGUUCGGAGCCGACGUGGAGAUUCACAACGACCUGGGAGAGACGCCGGGCCUGAUCGCAGCCCGCAGCAGCAAGGGCCCCAACCGUAAGGUGUUGCUGAAGAUGCUGCAGUGCGUCGGGGUGGAGCGAUGUAGCCCGCAGUCCCCCAACCUCCCGACCCCUGUCACCAACAGAGCCCCGCCCCUGUCUCUAGGGUUUAACGAGCUCGUUUACGUGGCAGCCGCCGUCUCCGCCAUAAGCCAAGGGUACGCCGAAGUGGACGGACCCAGGACGGGCAAAAAGAUGGACAGACUGCUGUGUCUGGAUGGAGGAGGUAUCAAAGGCCUGGUUCUGAUCCAGAUGCUGAUUGCGUUGGAGAAGGCAGCGGGUCGGCCCAUCCGAGAGCUCUUUGACUGGGUGGCUGGAACCAGCACCGGCGGCAUCCUGGCUCUGGCUGUCGUCCACGGUAAAUCAAUGGAAUACCUGCGCUGUCUGUAUUUCCGGAUGAAGGAUCAGGUGUUUAAAGGCUCGCGACCGUACGAGUCGGCGCCGCUGGAGGAUUUCCUCAAGCAGGAAUUUGGAGAGAACACCAAGAUGACUGAUGUCAGACACCCCAAAGUGAUGGUCACUAGCGUCCUAGCAGACAGACACCCCGGGGAGUUGCACAUCUUCAGAAAUUACAACGCCCCUUCUCUACCCCGUGAGCCGCCGUAUGCUUCUUCCGCCACGUUCAGACCCCUCACCACCCCAGAAGAGCAGGUGGUGUGGCGCGCGGCGCGGUCCAGCGGUGCCGCCCCUACGUACUUUCGACCCAUGGGGCGUUUCCUGGAUGGCGGGCUGCUGGCGAAUAAUCCCACUUUAGACGCCAUGACUGAGAUCCACCAGUACAACAAAUCGCUGAAGGCUGAGGGGCGUGGAGAUGAGGUGCACCGCCUGGGCGUGGUCGUGUCCUUGGGGACGGGGAAACCUCCGCAGGUACCAGUGAACUCUGUCGACGUGUUCAGACCCUCGAACCCUCUGGAGCUAGCGAAGAGCUUCGUAGGAGUCAAAGAGCUGGGCAAGAUGCUGGUGGACUGUUGCACUGACUCAGAUGGGUGCGCAGUAGACCGAGCCAGGGCCUGGUGUGAAAUGACUGAUAUAAACUAUAACAGGCUGAAUCCUCAGCUCUCCACCGAGGUUCUCCUGGACGAGGUGAGCGACGCCGUCCUGGUGAACAUGCUGUGGGAGACGCAGAUGUUCCUCUACGAGAACCGCGAGCUCAUACACGCCCUUGCACAGAAACUCCUGCAGCCCUAACACACACACACACACACACACACACACAGAUUGAGAGUAAAAGAAAGUGUGAUGUGAUAGGAAGAGGAAAAAUGCAGGUGAGAAUAGUGAGGGAGAGGACGUGCAAAUCAUUGGAGUGUUAAUUAGUCAGUACAUCCUUAUAAAAAGGACAUCAUGUGAUCAUUUCAGGCACUCUGAUUGGUUAAUGCACAUCCAGCAGAAAUAAGAGAUUCUAUGACAAGCUGUACUAUGCAACAUGUACAGAAAUACACAAGUAAACUAUGCCUUUUUUUUUUGUGUUUGUUUUAAUUGUGUAGAUUAUUUAUUCUAGUUCGUCGGAAUUUGCACUGAUGGCCAAGAUUAAUUCAAGAAAUCUAAAACUGCUUCUCCAGACCUGCCCCGACCAGUUCGCUCCAUGAGCAUGAAACAUCAUAAAUUAUCGCCCCAAACCCCAACCCCAACCCCCCUCAAAAGUCGCCAGUCGCCUAAAUCUUUUCGGCUCUUGAGGCGCGCAUGGGAAUAUCGUACCGUCUCCGUGUUCUUUAGACGUGAUUUAGGACGUGGUGCUGUGCAUGUUCUCGAUCCUGAUUGGCCAGAAGGGGUCGGGUUAUUCUUUGAAAUCUGAGCAAAUCAUUUGUCAUUAUAAUAAUAAUAAUACUUUAGCGUUUCUAUUGUACCAGCUCGAUGUGUCCGACUGUGUCUUCAAUCUACACAUAAUGAGAGGAGACGUUUUAUUUUAUAACAUUUUAGAAGGAGUCUUAAGUUUCAGACCAGAGGUAAAGCAGUAACCUCCGGCAAUUUCCGCAUUUAAUAAAAAGGGAUGAAAGGACACUUUGCAGCUAGUAAAACACCAAGUUGUUGUUUUUUUCUCGUCAGAACUUGAAUACUGUAUGUUGCUUUUUUUUAGUACUGUAUAUUUAAAAAUAACUCGGCCAUGUAUUAACAGAUUUUGGGUAUUACAGACUUCUAUUCCACUCUGUAACUGACAUAAUUUGGCGAUUUAAAAGAUCCUUUUAUACGCAGCGAUCUAUGAAGGUUUACACUGUAUUAGGUAUAAUGUUUAUUCUGGUGAUCAGACGUAAGAAAGUGCACUAAAAAAUGAAUGUGACGGGAUUUAUGCACGUUUCUUCGUUUUUUUUGCCUUACAAAACCAAACUCCUCGUGUUGUUUGAUUUUGGUAAAACAUCAGUAUUUACCUCUUUUUAUCUUUCUUUUCUCACCUCACUAAUGUUUAUGGUAACAGAUUUUUAUAUUCUUCUUCUAAUUAUGCCUUGAAUCUAAUUUAUGUAAACUUUCAACUCAUUAAAGCUUUAAUAACUGUAACUGUG